UAAUAAACUAGCAACAUCUAAUAGAAAUCCGUGUGUGCUUUAUGAAAUAAACAUUUGAGUUCAGCAUUAAUGCGCACUCAGUUAAUAUCGCAGCGACAAAAUGGAUUUGCUUGACUCAAUACUUAACUCAAUGGAUGCUCCGCCAGCAACAAAUGAACAACAAAAGACGCUUAUCAAAAAACAACGUGAAAUGGUGGAGCGCUUGCAAAACAAGCAAAAGGAGGAGCUAUUACGAUUUCGAAAGUAUGUAGAGGAGAGAAUGGGUCGAUUUGCCAAGGACGAUCGGACAUACAUCGAGUUCCAGCCGUUGGAUAAAGUGCAUCGCUCUGUCAUACAUGAAAUAGCUGAGAACGGUGGUUUCAUUGCGAUGAGUUUCGGACGAGAGGAGGAGGACCGUCACUCGGUGGUCUACAAAAAGGAACACCCACCAAGCGAGGACGAAGUAGCAGCCCGUCGUAACGGCGAGGGCUGGAACAAGGAGAUAGCCAAAGAAUACUCUGAGCGACGAAAAGAACGUUUAGCCCAGGAGCAAAGCCUGAUUAAUAAGGAAGCUAAUUCUGAAGCCGGCACCAGUCGAGCUCAUGGCAGCAGCAGCAGCACAGAUCCCACAAGCAUUGAAGUGAAACCAACCACUAAUUAUAAAGCGAAAUAUGCACAUCUAAUUGGCGAAUCGGCAGCAUUGCAAGCGGCCCGAAAAACAGAGACAAAUCAGAGCUACGGCUUUGUGCCCAGUAAGAACAAAAAGGACAUGCGUUCCAUCGAGCAGACUCUAGCUGAUAUACAGGCAAAAAAACGCCUAAAGUUACAACAGCAACAGCAGGAACAUAACUUGAACAUGGCGGCAUCCCUGGACGUUAAUCCUGACGCAGAAGAGCGAUAAAUAAUAGUAAUAAGUUUAUGUAUGUAUUUUUGUGUUUUGUUAGAAUAACAGUUGAUCUGCUGAAAAGUCAGCUAAAAAAUUUGAACCAUAUACGGGCAGAAUUGCGUAUGUUCACAGUUAAAGUAUGUAUCUGAAAGCAAUUUAGAAUGUUGGCCAGUUAAGAACAUUAGUUACGGAUGCUUUAAAAAC